AUGCGCGAAAUGGACUCGGACGCCAUCGUCCCCCUCCGCUCCCACUCGCUCUACGCACCCUACGUCGACUCCAACCUCCAAAACAAGUUCUGGGACUUUGGCGCCGACGCCAUCGUCGACACCAACAAGCACAUCCGUCUCACACAGGAUCGCACCUCCCAGACCGGCUGGCUCUGGUCGCGUCUUCCGCUCACCGCCGACAACUUUGAGAUCGUGUUCGAGUUCAAGAUCGACGGACACGCGUCGCACGUCGCUGGCGAUGGCAUGGCUGUGUGGCUUGCGCAGGAGAGGGCCAAGCCAGGACCGGUGUUUGGUUCGGUCAACUACUUUACCGGGUUGGGGUUGUUCUUCGACACGUAUCCGAACUCGAGGCAUCCCUAUUCGUUCCCACGCAUCUCGUUGAUGAACGGAAACGGUGUAGAGGCGUACGAGAACGACAAGGAUGGUGCUAGGCAGGAAGUCGCUGGAUGUUCGAUCGAUUACAGAAACGCCAAGGUGGCUACCAAGGGUAAACUGGUCCACGUCAAGGACGUGUAUACCGAGCUGUUGGUUCAUCACACCGAAUGGGAUCAUUGGGAAUCCUGCUUCAAGCUCGACAACAUCACUCUACCCACAAACCCCUACCUCGGCUUCUCAGCUUUGACGGGAGACGUCUCGGACAACCACGACGUCGUCUCCAUCACCACCAGCAACAUCGUCUACCGAAACCGCACACCGCAGCAGUUAAGGGAAGAGAGGAUCCGUCAUUUCCCCGAAAAGUUCGGCGUCAAACCAAAGAAGAAGGGAUGGUCCUUCGGUGGCAACACCAAGGGUUACUCGAGCGACGUUUCGAGCAGCAGCAGCAAGAGCGGUCGUGGAGCUGGACGAGGAGGAUUCGUUGGCUUUGUCAAGGGUGUGUUUGGGUUCAUCUUUUUCCUGAUCAAGUGGGGGUUGAUUUUGGCUGCGGUAGGAGCGUUGGGGAUGUUGGCGUGGCAGUAUCAGAAGAGGCAGAACAUGAAGCGUUUCUGA